CAGGAAGGGCGAGGGACGCGGAUGCGGCGCGGCGCGGCGCCGAGAGGAGGCAGAGAGGCUCGGGAGGCCGGGCUGGCCGGGCGGCUGCGCCCAUGAGCCGGCGGAGCGCGGCGUGACUGGCGGGCGGCCCGGGGCGCCGGCCUGAUCGCACGCCGCCAAGAUGUGUCGCCUGGAUAACCUGGAUGCCAGCAGCACCCAGAAGCUAUUGAUGAAAACGGGACUCAUCCUGAUCGUCAUUGGCCACCUAAACUUCAUCACUGGAGCCCUGGUCCAUGGCACGGUGCUGCGCCACAUCGCCAACCCCCAGGACACCAUUUCGCUGCAGUACGCCAUCUCCAACAUCAUCAUUGUGAUCUCCGCCAUUGUGACAAUCUCCUGCGGAAUAGCAGCAAUCGCUCUCUCCAGAUACGCGUCCCAGAAAUUGCUGCGAUGGGCGGUGCUCUCCUUCAGCACAACCAGUGCCCUCCUCUCGCUGUUCUGCGCUGUGGGGCUGGUGGUCGCCAUCGCCGCCACGUUCGCCAACAAGGGGCGCGCCCUCCUGGCCGUGUGCACCUUUGCGGACAUGGACUUCAUCCAGAUCGCCCACGAGUGCCCCUUCGACCCCACCCGGGUUUAUAGUUCUGCGCUGGCCCUCUGGGGCCUCUCCCUGCUCCUGGACGUGCUGGAGAUCAUCUUCAGCAUCCGGUGCUUCCUGGUCACCCUCGUGCUCCUGAACCCGAGGUUCUGCUGCAGGACGACCCGGAAGAAAAAGGUCUCGCUGCAGCUGUACGCAGCCGAGAGGAGAGACGCCUGCGAGAGCCGCGACCUCCUGAGGGGGAACCGCACAGAGGCCGUGUGGCUCUAGGGACCGCCUGGCUGCACCUGCACGACCGCCCGCGGCAGCGCCUCCUCCAGCGCCUGGCGGCAGCUUCGCCCUGGAGCCUCGCUGUGGCUGGGACAGGGCAGCUGGCCCUUGGCCCGUGGGCUGCCGCACAAGGAAGGGCCCCGCUUCCUCUCCUCGCCAGAGGCGCUCCGCCACUGGUGCCCCAGUGCUUCGGUCCGGAAGAUCUUCCCCGGCCUCUCCGAGUCUUCCGAACAAAGGGAAGAGCCGAGGCUCCGGCGCCUGCGAGGUCUACAGUGGCUCUUGGACUCCAGGAAACCGUUUCCCGUUGACGUUUUAAGAGGCUGGCCCUGCAGGGCAAUUCCCUGCCCUCCCCACACUGGCGCACUCCGCGAUGAUGGCUGAAGGGCCGGAGGAGGGCGAGCUGCACCACUGGGGGCUGCGCGGGUCUGCGGAGCACAAGGGCAACGAUCCCCUUGGCCACGAGCAGCCGAGGCUGCCUCAGGCUCCCCAGCCAGCCAGCCAGCCAGCCUCUGCAGGGCUACCCCAAGGACGGAGACGCUGGGGCAGGGGGAGGCAGUGACUGCAGCCCCCCAGGCGAAGCGGUGGGCACUCUGCAAUGGGAAGCAGGGAGUGUCUCGACGGGAAGCGCCGCCAUCCUGGAGGACACGGGCUUUGGCUAUCGUAACUUUAACAGGCAAUGGAAAGGGGGUCGGAAGAGCAGGGAGCCUGUUUGUGGAAUGGAAUUGAGCCUGGAGUCUUCAGUCUGGCCAAAGAGAGUUUGAACCGAUGUUUUGUAACUAUGCAAAUCUAUUACAU